AUGGCCUCGUUGUUUGAAAAAUACGGAGGAGAUCCGUUCUGGCAUAGAGUUCUCGAUGAAUUUUAUAACCUAAAUAUAUCUGAUCCUACACUGCAAGGAUUUUUUGUAGGAAAAGACGUCGAAAGAGUAAAAGCAAUGAAUGCAGGACUGUUGAAGGCAGCACUUGGUACCGCGGAAAAUCACUUUUUUACAUCAAUUAGAAGGGUGCAUGUAGGAAUGGGAAUUACUGGUGCUCAUUAUGAUAGAUUUGUGUCCAACCUGUUUCAAGUCUUAAGAGAAAGAGGAGUUAUUGAGCAAGACUUGGAAGAUGUAAGUGAUGUCAUCUCAUCUUUUAGAUCAGAUGUUGUGUUUGGCUAA